AUGCCUUCUGGGUCAAAGCCUGUCGCACGAGGCUUGCCUAGUGCGGUUUACAUCCCCUGUGUGGUUUGCAGGCUAUUACACAGUGGGGAGUUUACCCAAUGCGCACAGAGUGCUCACCACAGAGUGCUCACUCGAAGGGCAGAGGCUGUGGCAGAGGCUGUAGCGGCUGCGGCGCUAGCCGUCGCCUCACAUCCCUAUCUUUCUUCCUUACUGUCUUUCUUCUUCUCUCUCACGCCGUCAAUUUUAUGCCACACUCCUACUGUCCUUUUUGUUCUUCUCAAUGUCAUGAUUGGUACUAUUGCUUUUACUUCUUCCUUAGUAAAAAGGUUGAUUAAACAAAAACCCACUAAACUCACUAGAUCUCCUUCUAUUCUUCAACGCAUCAAAUCCAUAAAUUUCUAUAACUAUAGAUCUCAAGAACCUGUUAAAGACUACAGCUUUGACCAUCCCCAUAAUCAAGAAACCACUUUUGAACCACAAACACAUUACAUUUUCGAACCAGCUCCAGAACAUAGUACUGUAGUACCAGAAUCUACACACUAUAUUUUUUUUUCAAUUUCAAUUUUGUGCUGGUUUUUCUAAAUCUCCAUUAG